GCGCGCUCCGCGCCAAACCCCUCCCGGUGCACCGCGCGCUCCGCGCUGGACAGUGUCCCUCAGUCACACAAGGAUUCUGCGCCGCUAGGGGACAGUUCAGGGAGGGGACAGCAGUGGAGACCGAAGGAUCCUUUGGAGAGCCCCAGUCCCCUGGAGACUCGAUGGAGACCUCCAGCAGCGUGCCGAGCACCGCGCUCACGCAACUCCUGAACUUCACAGAGGAUCCCGUCAGCUUCUCAGAGAGUCCUUCCAUGGCGGGGUUACGCGCCACAGAAGAGCCGCUUUCACCCGUGCUCAGCAGCUUCAGGACUGAUGCGGCUCCAGCGGGGCUCCUGGCGGGUCCGUUCUCGCCCUCCGAAGAGCCCACUCACCUGAUUGUGGCUUUCUGGGAUUCACCCUUGAGUCACGGGAUUAACGUGUUUGUGGGCUUCGUCCUGUGCUUCACCAUGCUGGGGCUGGGCUGCACGGUGGAGCUCAGUCAGCUGGGCGAGCACAUCCGCAAGCCCAUAGGAGUCCUGCUGGCGGUGGUGUGCCAGUUUGUCCUCAUGCCCCUCAUCGCCUUCCUCCUGGCUCUGGCCUUCUCCCUCAACGAUGUGGCCGCUAUGGCUGUGCUGCUGUGCGGCUGCUGCCCUGGAGGAAACCUCUCCAACAUCAUGUCACUGCUGGUCAACGGGGAGAUGAACCUCAGCAUCAUCAUGACCAUCUCGUCCACUAUUCUGGCGCUUGUGCUCAUGCCGCUGUGUCUGUGGAUGUACAGCCGCGCGUGGAUCAACACACCAUUGGUGAACCUUCUGCCCUUCGGCGCGAUCAUUCUCACCCUCUGCAGCACCCUCAUUCCCAUCGGGCUCGGGGUCUGGCUUAGAUACCGCUAUACUCGAGUGGCAGAAAUCAUCAUCAAGGUGUCCCUGUGGUCUCUCCUGGUCACUCUGCUGAUGCUCUUCAUCAUGACUGGAACUAUGCUGGGUCCGGAGCUGCUGGCCACCAUCCCUGCCUCUGUCUACCUGGUGGCUGUACUCAUGCCCAUGGCCGGCUAUGCGGCAGGAUAUGGCCUGGCGACGCUCUUCGAUCUCCCCCCCAACAGUCGGAGGACUGUGUCUUUAGAGACGGGCUGUCAGAACGUGCAGCUCUGCACGGCCAUCCUGAAGCUGGCGUUUCCUCCGCAGCUGAUGGGAGGCAUGUAUAUGUUUCCUCUGCUGUACGCGCUCUUCCAGGCAGCAGAGGCUGGCGUCUUCAUUCUGGCUUACCGCAUGUACAGGAAAGAGGUAUUACAUAAACAGGACCUCAUGGAGGAUGACGAGGAUGAUACAAACAUAUCCUACAAGAGAAUGAAGGAAGAAGACGUGCCGUUUGAUUCUACGUAUGGUGCGGUGACAGUGAGUGACCCCAACGUCAUCGUGUUGGAGUCACAGGAUGGUGCUGGAAGCCCCACACCUGUAUAAGGGAACAAAAACAAAAGACUUGAGAUUCACUAUAGACACUGGACCAGAGUAUUUACAAUAGGAUUUAUUCAUGCCAUCACUCACUGUUGAAUUUCUUACUAAUCACUCACAGCAUUAUAACUAAUAUGUGCCAAAAAUGAUUGCAAGACUGUGAAAAUGGAAACUAAUAUCAUGACACACUAAACGCACUAGCCAAAUAUUACCAUUCAAUGGAAUUUUUCUAAAAUUAGUAUAAA